AUGAUGAUGAUGCGCUACGUGAUCUGUAUUUUGCUUCUUGCACUUUGUUGUACUUGCAGUAUUGUGUUGGCUACUACUCUUCAACCUGAAGGUGGUGGUCCUCCUGCAACUGAAGUUGGUGAUGAAGCUCAUGUGGGAGGUGAGGCCGGUGGUGGAAGAGGAGGAAAAGGCGGCAGUAGUAAGGGUGUUACUCCUCUUGAACAGCCUAGAGGAGAUAAAAGUGUCUCAGAAAUGUUGCCAGAGUCUGCUGAAGAAGAUCUCUCUAAAAAAAAACUGUUAGAUAGUCAGGAUGAAUCGGAACUUACAAAAGAUCCAGGUCCCGAUGGUCCUCAGGGACCUUUACACAGCCAACGACCAGGAGGGAAUACUCAGUCUCUUCUUCAACCUGCCAGUCCAUCACAACCUGUUACAGGAGAUAGAAACGACGGUGCUCUUUCUCCAUCAGCAAAUCAGAACGAUCAAACUCAAAGUGUAGGCACGGCGGCUUCGCAGGAAAAUGAACAAGUAGUUGCGAGAACGGAAUCAGGAAAUAAUGGUGGAUCCAAUUCUGGCAGUGAACAAAAUACUGUUGGCUCUCUCACUGCAGAAGAACCCAAUGCUAACAGUGAAGAACAGAAGUCUGAAAAUGCACCACCUUCCCCCAACGAGAAUGGUACACAAGGUAGUAACGAUGCAGGCAACAGUAAUGCUGUACAGAUUCGAGGAAGCACAGACACAGAAUCUGAACCUGAGAAUGGCAAUACACCCAAUACUAAUGAGGAAUCAUCCUCAACCACCACUACCACCACCACAACAACACUUCCUCCUGAACUCACAAACAACAAGAAGGGUGAUGCAGACAGCAGCAGCAGCAGUAUCAGCAGUUCUGUGUGGGUGCGUGUACCACUACUGAUUGUGGUUAUACUGGCCUGUAUUCUUGUGUGCUGA